GUCCACGUGAGCUAAGGAAAAUUCCAGACGCAGUUUGUUUAUUUUGGUUGUUGCGCUGUUACGUCUCCCUGUUUACCUAAUACCUAAUCCGCGUCUUAUCAAAUCGACGUUAAGGAAAAACACUCCAGUGAUGGAAAGCACGUUCGAAAAGCUGAAAGAACUCGACCUGACCCGUGACGAAAUAGAACGGUUCGGCGAUGCGCUGAAAAAACCGGAAUUCAGGAAGCUGCUGCACGACUACGUCGAGGAAAUCAACGAUCCCGAAAACAAGAAACUCUACGAGAAGGAGAUCACCGAAUUGGAACGGGAACGAGGCAACGACAUCACUUUCAUUCACCCCGAAGCGUGUUACGUGAUCAAAACCAGCGUGAACGGCACCAAAAAAGCCUUCGUUAACAUUUGCACCAACCAAUUAGUGGAGAAACCGAGCUCUUCUCCGACCGUUAAAGAUGGGGAGAGGGGCCUCACGUGGCGGCUGCCGCACUCCCUGUCCCCGCCGAGGGAGGAUUUGGAUAAAAAACACGUCCGUUGUCAGGUAUUUGACGUCGUUUUCCACCCGGAUACGAUGCAUUUAGCCAGCAAGAACCAAGCCUUUAGGGACAUGGUGAACCGAACGGCGCUGGACGCUGUAGAAAAGAAUUUCGACGUUACUUUGGACAAGAAGAAUCUGAAAUACCCGAAGCUUUCGUACAAAGGAGUCGCUCACCCCAGCGUCAUCAAGAAGCCCUGCGAGAAGCCGGAACGUACACCCGAAGAAAAGGAGCUGUUUGAGCGUUUAUUCCCGGCCGAAACGCCCGAUGCAAGCCCUACGAAACCCAAGAAACCUACUAGAAAGACUGUAGAUGAUGAAAAAUCUAGAUACACUACACCACAGUAUCUGAUCAAGCACAGGAGUCACAUUGAAAUGGAGCAAUUCACCGAACACAAAGAAGCCAAAAUGAACGCUGCUAUACCUAAAGAAUUGAUUGUCGAGGUGAAUCUACCUCUGCUCAAAUCAUCCGCUGAUAUCGACUUGGAUGUUACCAAUAAAACCAUACAAUUAGUAAGCGAAAAGCCGGCUAAAUAUAAAUUGAAUCUUACUCUACCGUACCAAGUCAACGAGUCCAUUGGCAACGCUAAAUUCGAUAAAGAUAGAAAGAAAUUAGUAAUCGUCCUGCCUGUGAAACGUAACGCGGCUUCGAUGGAGUUUAGUGAUAGUGGCAUCGAAAGUGACCAGUGCUCCCCCGGGACUCCCGAGUCCGAGGAAGAAUCCGAUAAACGUUUGGUGGAGGAAAUCGAAUCUACGCCCAGUGAAGUGGUCGAACCGGACAACAAACCGGUCGAUUUUAGGACUCAUUUCCUCGACGAAAACCUGCAUUAUAACCUGCCCGAAUUUACCUGUCACGUGUUCGAAAAUUGUAUAGCAUUUACCCUUAACGUUAAGAAUGUAGACGAAAAUUCCGUCGAGAAGGCAUUCUGCGACGAGAAUUCGUCUAUUCGCUUGAAAUUCACCAGCAUCAGUUCCAGCUUUUAUCCCACUCACUAUACUUGUUACGUGAAACUUCCACAACAUGUCAUUAACAUUGAAAGUACCACGGUCGAGGUUUGGGAUAACAAUGUAAUACUACAAGUAAUUGUUAAUUGUGAUAAUCAUAUAGUAUCUUAUUUGUUCGGAAGUACUGAAGAUGAUCUAGUCGAGAAGUUUGUAGAGGAACCAGAGGUUAUUAACAAGGUUCUCGAAGGAGGUGAAGAUAAAAAUGAUUCCGAACAAACAGUUUUAGAGCCAUCGAUACAUGGAAAUGAGCCGGAACAAAAACAGCAAAACGUAAAGGAACCAGCUCAAGAGAGGAAGGAAAGAAAGGAUAGUUUCGAAGAGAACUGCGGUCCAAAACCAACGAAGGCCAUCGACAUCACGGGCACUUCGUACGAAUCAAGCGGAGACGAGCUGAGCUGUAGCAGCUUCAGCCCUUCCAAGAACAAGGGCAUUUUGAAGAGGUUCUCGUCCGGCCGGUUUUCGGUCGGCCGGAGUAUAUCCGAAUCCAGCCUGGACAAUUUCGUUUAUUCCUCGGUGGAGAAUUGCCACACCAGCCUGGAUUCGGUCAUACCCGAAGACGGGGAGGUCUCCUCCAGCGAGAAGAAAACCGUCAGGUUCAACGACGUCGUCAUGAGCCAAUUAUUUAGGUCGAAUUCGAGUAUAUUGGGUCAGAAGAAGAAGAACCAGAGGAAAGCGAGGAACAAGAAGCGCGCUUUGGAGCGCCGGCAUAGCGAGAGCGAGGCCUCCGGGGACGAGAAGAAGGAGGGAGAUCUGAGGGACUGCGAUGAUUUCAAGAAGAGCGAAUGCUUCGAGAAGAAGGACGAGAACAUUUUCCAUUUGGAGGUCGAUAAUUGAAGGAGAUUAGGUUCCCGAAAAUCCCAGUGUAUUUUUUAACACGAUUCGUACGUAAUUUUAUUUGUUUUUAGUUACUUUUUCAGCAUUUUAUAAAACUAUUUAGGUAAUUGAAAAUCGUUUGCACCGGAUGAAAAUAUAUGUAAUUAAUUAGUCGAUUUGGAUAAAGAAAUGUGGUAAUUAAUCUGAUGGUUAUAGAGGUAGUACUAAUUGGUUUGUUUGGAUUAGUUUUUAAAGUACAAAAAUAUUAUAAAAUUACUAAAUAAUGCAUGUGAUAUACAUUUACAUUUUGCUUUAUAUUAUGUUUAAUGAGUUUACUCAACGAUUUUUAGAUAAUUGAAAAUUUUGUAUUCGUUUCUAGAAUCAAUAAAGUGUUUAA